GUUGUCGUAAUUCUUAAAACGGCACUCACAGGAAGUUAAACAGAUUUUAAAAAAGACAGAAAGAAAAUGUGCAUGUCCAAGAGAGAAAGAUGACAAAGGAGAACAAUAUUGUGCUGAAGUGGAGCAUAUUCAAAGAAUACAGUAAAGGGUUUAGUUAUAUUGGGGGCUGUUUCUAGAAAAAAGGCUAAGGAAAUUGCUGAGUCUAGCCCUAGAAAAGGCAAUUGCAGUUAGGCAGAGGCAAUGCUUUUUUUCUUCCCCCUCACUCUCAUUGCUAGGAUGUUCUGUCAUAAAUUGUUUUGAGACACAGAACUAUCUCCGCCCGGCUGGUUGUCAUUACAAUAGGCUGGUUGUACAAAACAACAAUGUGGGAAAAGACAUGGGAGGAAGCCAAAGGAAGUGAUGAAGCAAUGUGAAGAAAGAAGAAGCAAGAAUUGUUUGCCUCCGUGACAGGCAAUAUUUGCAGAUAAUUGUUUUUAAGUGUCCCAAAGAGAAGUGAGAUGUGGGAAGGGAGCAGCUGUCUAGUAGACCAGACGAUGCAGCCGCUGUCCUUGCUCGGCCUGGUAUUCCUCCUGCCAGGAUGUUUCUCUGACUUGACCGUCCUCAAGAUCCAUGCAAUCCUGGGAGGAUUGGCGUCUGUGGAAUGCAGAUACGAUGAAUGGUAUAAGGGAAACCCCAAAUAUUGGUGCAGAGAAAUGAGCAAAACAUCAUGUGACAAAAUUGUCGAGACUUCAGGUUCAGAAGAGCCAGUGAGGAAAGGCAGAGUCUCCAUCAGAGACAACCAUUCAUUAAACCAAUUCACAGUGACGAUUGAUGAGCUGACCAACAGUGAUACUGGCAUGUACAAAUGUGGCAUGAUUGUGCAGGGAGGUUCGGAUCUGAUGGUUCCAGUCAAUGUGACAGAAACUACCAGAGGACCAGAAGACGCCUUUCACAAGGAUAUCAGUUCUAUCAGAUACCUGGUCUACACGUCCUUCCUGGUUUCAAUUGCCUUGAAAGUCCCCAUCUUCCUGGGUAUAGUCCUUGCAAUUAUCUGGAUGCGCAGUAAGAAGACAUAGCCCUCUGAGGAGGUGACGUCAGAAGGACCACUGUGAGAACUAUCACUACUUCCUAUCCGGACAAUGACUCAACCCAACAAGAAAAGAGGAAACAAACUAUGCAAGAAGGCAUUUUUCUCAGCUUGUUCCGUUGUCAUACUGCUGUGUCCUCAACUUCUGCAUCUGCAAGUACCAGGAUCCAAAGAAGCCAUCCAGCCUCAAAGUCACUGUGCAUUUGUCUACUCUAAAACAGAGAUCGGUCACAGUCUUGAUUCCCUGGCCCCCUUUUCCUGAAAAUCAUUUGCAUUUUAUCAGUUUCACUUGGAAAUUUUAUUACAUGUGUUUGUUUGUUUGUUUGAGUGUGCAUGCUGGUGGCAUUUAUAUUAUAGUAGUCUCUCUAUAUAAUAAAAAUGUAAGAAUGCUAUCAUGCAGCCCCAAAGGAGGAUUUGUAAUACUAUAUCACAAUCCUGGAUUUUCACAAAACCAGGGUGGAGGAAGAGAGCAAAAUGAAGGCAGGUUACACAACA